ACCCUGCAGGAGCACAGUGCACGACUGAAGGCACUGUUUGGCGAUGUUGUUGUGAUCAAAAAAGUGGUUCAGGACGUGUGUUCAUGGGAGAAUCCUUUUCAAGCUAUUGGUGCCCUUGUUGGCUACGUCGUCGUGGUCUGGAACUUCCAACCCUUCAUGGUGCCACUGGGUAUGAUCGCGGGAAUCCUCGCCAACCGGUACCUCUACAAAACACCCCAUAUGCUGAGUGUUUAUGACACCAUUCGAGCUGCUUACGGAGUGGCUUCCAAUCAGGUAGUAUGGAAGAUCAAGUGUCUGGCAAUGGAGGCAUCGUGA